AUGACAGUCUUAUACAAUGUAUUUAGCUAUGCCUCGACACUAACCAUGUGUGUGAUAGGACUGGACAGACAUCAGGCAAUAAUCUAUCCGUUUGGCAAACGGCUGAGCGAUGUAUUGCCCCUAAAGUUUGUAAUCCCAAUGAUAUGGACGCUCUCAUCGCUACUAUCUCUACCGCACGCCUACUUCAACGAAGUGGUCACGUAUUAUACCUAUCAGUCGCUAAUCAGGUGUCGUCUCAUGUUUCCGGAGCCCCAAUAUAUGUACAGACAAUGGCUAACGAUAUUGACAUUUAUGUCUCAAUACGUGAUUCCGUUAACGAUCGCCACAUUUUCCUACUGUAAGAUCGCUGUACACAUCCAUCGACGCGCUAUUGUCGGCAACUCUACGCCCCAACAGAUCGCCAAUAAUAUGAGGCAAGAAUUUCACUUAUCUUUCUUUAAGACAAUUUAU